AUGUCGGUUAUGAAACUAACUUCUACCCUUGCAGGUAUCCCGGAGAUGGGGGUAUCGCCAUUCGAUCCUCACUUCGCGAAAGAAGUAAAGCAGACACGCUCCAUCGUCGGUAUGAGUUACACCCUGACGCUGCAGAACGUCUACGAGAAGGGCUGGACACAGUCUACCGUCACUAAAUACAAAACCGAUUGGGACAAUCAGCGGAUAAUCUACUCACAAUAUUUCCCCGAAAAGUGGUUGGAAGGAGACUAUGAAUUUAAGGGAGACGCAUUAGGCCUCAGCGUGUUCCGCGGCGGGCGCUGGAACCUCACCCUGCGGGACUACUCGCAGACGACGCGAAUCAAAAGAAACGGCAGUGGCGUGGACGUGCACGUGGAAGUUGACCAUAUCGGCGACAUGGACAUACAUGUCGGGAAUUUAUUGAGGGGCCGCGGUGUAUUAGAACGCAUGCUGGACCGCGUGAUCAACUUUACAUGGAAGCCAGGCUUCGCGAUGGUGAGGCCGCUAAUCAACGAACUCGUCAGUACCGCCUUCACCGAUAUCUGGAGUCGCAGUUUCAAAGAUUUCCCCGUAGACAAGUUCAUUAAGGACUGAGAACGGGAAGCAAGAGAGAAGUUUUUUUUAUAAAUACAUGAGACCAAUAUCAUCUCGAUUGUCGCUUAUUCGCAAGCGUUCUCAUAAACACGUGUUUUGUGUUGUUUUCUGUUUUAAGCGUUGUGCUAUAACCAUUAUAUAUAUA